AUGGCCGUUGGGUCCACUGGCAAUGGCUCCAACCUCACGCUCCUUUCGCUCUACUUAUUGGUAUUCUUAUCUCUGCUCGCCCGCAUUACUCCCUCGUCUGCCAACAUCAUCACCCGCACCAUCGACGACACCGACGGCGACUCGGAAACUGGCGCCGUCCCAAGCUACUCUCCCCCGAAUCACUUCAGCCUGAACUCCAAUUGCCCAGACUGUACAUAUCAUCCCGAUGCAGGGAAAUCCUUCAAAAAUACAUGGCAUGAUACCUCGCAGGUGGACGGCCAGGUCAUGUCUGUAAGCUUCUCAUUUACAGGCACCUCGGUCAGCAUUUUCUGCACUCUUGUCAACCGACAGAGCUCUGCGACCCCUCUUGGUGCCACUCAUCUUGCUUUAAUGGUAGACGGCGCCUCCCAUGGCGUUUUCGACCACAGUCCCGACGGUUCCGCGGACUUUGCCUACCAGCAACAGGUCUUCCACGUCCCUAACCUGGCAAAUGUGCAGCAUAAUGUUGUUCUGAGUACGAAUAACGCGCAAGGAUCAUAUAUGGCGUUUGACUACGCAAGCUAUACUUUUGACGAUGGAGUCAAUCCCAAUCCACCUCCGCCACCACCGCCUACCGGCAAAACCACAACAGAUACUACAACCGUUGUAUCUACCGCGACAGCAACUGGCCCUGGACAAACGACUACGAAAACACAAACUGAUAUCAGUGGGAACAAUAUCAGUGUCAGUAACGGCGCGAGCCCAUCAUCGGCCACGCCACCAGGCAGUCCUGCUGGUAGCACAGACUCCCGAACUGCGAUUUCCACCCCCGUCAAAUUACUUGGAUCCGGAACCUCCUCGAUAUUAACCGCCCCAUCAUCUCCUUCAUCGACCAACCCAGUCAUUGCCGCAUCAGGAUCCUCAUCAAAGAAACAACAUACAAGCAUCGCUGCAGUUGUUGCAGGCGUUCUUGCUGGUCUUGUGGGUAUCCUGUUGGUGGUUCUUGCCGUUGUGUUAUGUCGGCGGAAACAGAAGCGCCAGCAGGAAUCGACAGACAUGACACAAGCCCGGCCGCUUCCGUUGGCUCUGAGCCGAGUUGGGGACGGCGGACAGGAAUACCACGCGCAACUCUCUGUGGCGGGGAACGACGCGCUUAUUCCGGAGCUGCAUUAUGGACGCGCGGGUGUUGGUGACCCAGAAAAAGCUGCGUUAAGACAGAGCCUGUCGGACCUGCGGCUUAAUGGGUCGCGUCCACAACUGCACCACCAAGCCUCUGUGGCGACGUUUGCCACGGGGUCGUCCCUGACUGUUGGAGGCUCUGGCAGUCAAACGAGGUUGACUGGUAGCCACGAAACUCGCACGGUCGUGGGCCAACUGCCGGACCAGCUGGUAGAUGAUGACCUGGAGUACUAUGACGAGCCGACCUUGACUAACGGGACUCUGAAUGCAACGGCAGCGUCGACUCUCUCCCGCGCGCCGACUUUCCGCUCUUGGGAUUUCCAUGGCCCUCCUCCUGCAACGCCUCCGCCGGGAUACGAGCGCACGGAUUCGAUGAUGAUGAUGAACCCUUCUCCCCCAGUACCUCCGCUUCCGGCUGCAUUUUCUCAUCACGAUUUAUCUUGA